AUGGCUAAAAGAACGAACAUCGCAAAUGGGGGUUCCCAGGAUGGCCACCGAGUUAAGAAAAUGUCGAAGACUCACGCCUCUCACAUCAUAAACACCCAAGAAGACUACAAGCAUAUGUACUUGAGUGUUCAGCCGUUGGAUAUUUUUUGUUGGGGUUCUGGUUCUAUGUGUGAACUUGGCUUGGGCCCACUCGCCAAGAACAAGGAAGUUAAAAGACCAAGGUUGAAUCCAUUUUUGCCUCGCGAUGAGGCAAAGAUCAUUUCUUUUGCAGUCGGCGGUAUGCACACAUUAGCACUCGACGAGAACAGCAAUGUGUGGUCUUGGGGCUGCAACGAUGUGGGCGCCUUGGGUAGGGACACUUCUGGUGUCACGGAGCAACUAAAGGACAUGGAUGCUGAUAAUUCAAGUGAUGACGAAGAUGGUGAUCUGAACGAGUCAGAAUCCACUCCAGCUAAAAUUCCUAGAGAACUUUUCCCGCCUUUAGCAGAAGGUUACAGUAUUAUACAAUUGGCAGCUACAGAUAACAUGAGUUGUGCCUUAUUCAGUAAUGGUGAAGUGUAUGCAUGGGGUACUUUCCGUUGUAAUGAAGGUAUCCUAGGGUUCUACCAAGAAAAAAUUAAAAUUCAAAACACUCCAUGGAAAGUGCCUACUUUUUCUAAGUACGAUAUUGUUCAACUGGCUCCUGGCAAGGACCACAUUCUUUUCCUAGACGAAGAAGGUAUGGUAUUUGCUUGGGGUAACGGUCAGCAAAAUCAAUUAGGAAGAAAAGUUAUGGAAAGGUUUCGCCUAAAGACUUUAGAUCCAAGACCGUUCGGAUUAAGACAUGUCAAGUACAUUGCAUCGGGGGAAAAUCAUUGUUUUGCUUUGACAAAGGAUAACAAGUUAGUCAGUUGGGGGUUGAACCAAUUUGGUCAGUGCGGUGUCUCAGAGAACGUGGAAGAUGGUGCACUUGUUACUAAACCACUAAAGGUAGCAUUGCCCGAGAAUGUUGUAGUAAGAAGUAUUGCUGCUGGUGAACACCAUUCCCUGGUCUUAUCUCAAGACGGCGAUUUGUACUCUUUUGGUAGAUUGGACAUGUUUGAAAUUGGUAUUCCAAAAAACGAUUUACCUGAAUAUACUUAUAAAGACGUUCACAAUAAGGCCCGUUCCGUGCCACUUCCAACAAAAUUGAAAGGUGUUCCCAAGUUCAAAACUGUUGCAGCAGGUUCUCACCAUUCGGUUGCUGUUGCCCAAAAUGGUAUUGCCUAUUCUUGGGGGUUCGGCGAAACCUACGCCGUUGGAUUAGGGCCUUCUGAUGAGGAUACCGAAAUUCCAACUAGAAUCAAAAAUACCGCAACUCAGGAUCAUAACAUCAUUUUGGCCGGAUGCGGCGGUCAAUUUUCUGUAUCUGGUGGGGUAAAACUGUCUGACGAAGAAGCCGAAAAAAGAGCCGACGAAAUGGAUGACUAA